CACACAUGCAUUCAGUACGUCCCACUCACUGGUAAAAGGAUGCUGCACACGAAUGAAGGCGCCAAGCAGAGAGAGCGUGCUUGUGUGCUGUGGUGUGCUGUGCUGUGCGAUAGACACAUACACACGUAUGUACAUGGAACAAUGGAGCGAAGAAAACGCGGUCAAACCACUUGUCCAAUCACGGCUACACGGGUCGCAUCAGUCAAUCACGGCAGACAGGCAAACAGACAGGCACUUAGACAGACAGGACGUACUGCCAGGAUCAGCCACGACACGCCAAGCCCUCUCUCGCUUUGUGCACUCCCUUAUCCCUCACCAUCGCACUUACAAAGAACGACCCCCUAGGUGCAUAUGUGCAGUCACUUGAUGAAAACACACCAGCCACCCACUUGAUGUCAUCCACAGCUCCACACGUACGAUGCUCGUGCUUAAAGACGCACGAGCCCCCUUUACACAGCCAUCAACAGAGAUAUGUACACGACACGCUAUACUAUGUGUGUGUCCACAAACACCCACACACGCACUAUCUAUGUGACUUGGUGUGUCUAGUAGUAACUACCACUUGUUCUUCUUCCCACGCUUCUUGUUCUUAUACCACUUCUUGACCUUGUUCCACUUCUUCUUGAGCUUCUCAUAGAGGCCCAGCCUCCGCUCCGUGGGGCUCGACGACUCCUCCACGGCCUCCACGCCACUGGCCUCAUCUUCAUCUUCAUCUACACACACACACACACACACACACAUGUGGCCAACACAAUCACGUGUGGUUGCGGCAGCGACGGCUGCACACCCACCUGUAGGUGCAGCCGUCGGCUCAUCUGGCCCCGUCACAAGAGCAUCAGCCCCUACAAGCAAACAAGCACACAGGAAAGGCGCGUACUUGUGCAGCAUGUGGAUGAGGUGCAAACACCCAUCAUGUGUGUACCAUCGGAUGUCACUUCGGUGUCGUCACAUUCCCCGCCUCUCAAACGCCGGGCCACUGCGGACGGCGCAUCAGCAUGAGCAGCCCGCUUCACAUCAUCAGCGGAGACCAGUGCGAUGCCGAGCAGGCACACCAGCAACGAAAGGGAGAGGGCCUUCAUCGGUCGUGAAGCGGACGAUGGGAGGAAUUCGAAACGCAGACGAGCAGCGGGAAGACGACCAACGACGAGAGCCUUGUUGAAGAGAAUAAGUUGGGCAGCGAGAGAUGAGAGGCAACCGAUGAGAGUGGAGUCGAGGGAUGCUGCAGAUGGACAGAAAGGGGGGCGGCCGUUAAGACAGAGGGCAGAGAGACAGGCAGAUAGCAGGAGGGCUGUCGUCGCAUGGCGAGAGAGGAGAGCG